AUGGAAAAUACGGGACAAGGAAAAACUGCUGCGGGUGGACGUCGAGAGCCAUCAAUAGAUCCUGUAAAAGCUCAAGGAAUUCUGAAUUCAGUGACUAAAAAAAGCAAGCACGCCGCGCGUUUGUGGAACAAGCGAUGGGGAUUUUAUACUAGGAUGCGGGAAAUACAAGAAGAGGAAGGUCAAAAGAUCGGAAUGACAAUAGAAGACUAUAGGGCAGCCCUUCGUUCAGUGAGCUGCAAACCAGAGACAAAACUCUCGGUCACCAUCGAACCCAGUCCAACUCCGCUACCGCAAACAUCCUCAGGGAUGAUUGGGCACCGCGCUUUAUACCCACUGGAUCGCUAUGGCCCCUUGGUAAAAACUGGUCGUAACUACCCGACACGGCCGCCACUACCACCGGAUCAAAUCUAUGAUCCUUAUAAGCAAACCAUGAUAUUCUUGGGUGGAGUUAUUGGAGACCCGAUAUCAUACAAGCUGCCCCCGGCGCGCUGUGAAGUUACCGAUGAGAUGUGGACAAGAUCGCAACAACUAACAGUCACGCAAUUCAAUUUUACUGAUGUGCAAAGUUAUUCACAUUAUUAA